GAGUUGUCUCCUUUCUCUUCGCUGCUCCCAUUGGUCUAGUCAGCUCGCGCGUGUCUGAAUGGAACCCUGUGCUUGUUUCAUGCCGGCGUCCAUGCUUCGUGGCGUUCGAUGGGGCUUUUUCUGCAAACGCGGGGGAUCUCGAGCGCCCUUCAGUGCACGUGCCUGGUAUCAGAUGCCACUGAAGGAAGGUGACUCAGAGAAGCCGUUAGCAGAUGGUUCUGGUGGAGUUAGCAUCUUGGGGCCCAAGCGGCCGUUGGGUCAGAAGGAUCUAAUUAACCUGUUGGCAGCAUCUGUGGUGCACAGGGAUGGAACGCUUGUGGCUAUCAGCAAACCCCCUGGCUUACCUGUAUCAGGGAAACCAGACAGCAUGACUUUGCUUUCUCUUCUACCUGCUCUAAGUCAGAAACUGGGCCUCUCGCAGGAUGCGCAGGUGAUCAAAGCUCCGGGAAAGGAAAGUUCUGGGCUCGUCCUGCUCUCGGAUUGCCAAAGCACGGUGCAGCAUUUCCAGAAAUUCUACAUCAAGAGUCUCAGAGCCAGACGUCCAGCAGCUACCUACUGUGCCGUCACAACCAGGCUGCCUGCAGAUUCAGAGGGUGAAAUUAGCACAGGCCUGCAGCUGAUACAUAAGGAAGAUUCUGAGCUGGUGGUGCCUGUGGCUUCUCCAUCUCGUGGGACUCUUUGGAGGAAGGAGGUAAAAAACACACGGACGCGCUACAGGGUGUUGGACUCGCAAGACCGCUGCGCCUUGGUGGAGCUUCAGCCGCUGACAACCUUCCCAUGUCAGCUCCUGGUGCAUCUGUCACUGAUACUGAGUCCUGUCUUAGGGGACCACGUGUAUUCUUCCCGAGUAGGGACAGUCCUGGGGGAGCCCUUCCUCUUGUCUUCGGAGAGUGCCCUGCCUCGGACACAGGUCCUGGACGAGUAUCUGCUAUGCAAGCUUCACCUGCAGCAGUCGCAAAUGCAUCGCCUGCCCCUUCACCUCCACCUCCACCAGCUCCUCCUGCCCGGGGCUGCCUCCUCUGCCUCCAGCACGGUGCUCAUGGCGCCUCCUCCUCCCUUUUUCCUGCAGACACUUAAUCUCCUGGGGCUUCGUCUUGGGACAGAACAAACAGUGCAAAGGUCUUCAGAGCAUCGGCAACAACCGGGCAAGCGUCACGCCUGCACUAGUAAAAUAGAAAGAGUAACCUAAAGUCAGGUGAAGAAAGCCUCCUUGGAAAGACAGAGCCCUGUUGCUCUGGACAGAGAGAACAGCCUCAUCCCCUGGUGGGAAGAUGAAUAGAGGAGGAGGGGCUAAUUACCUGACAAAGGCAGGCUUUAUAAUCUCUGCCACUCUAGCAGAGGUGAGCUGUUUAUUUCAAGGCUUCCUGCAGAGCAAAGGCAGCGUUGAAGACUGGGUUCUUCGGCUCUAGGGAUUGUAUUUUCCUGAAGGGUACCAUGACAGCAGUUUCAGCUGACUCAGAGCUGCCACAGCAGAAUGGGUCUGGGCAUAGUUCAAGGCAUAACCAUGCCCCAUUCAAAUCCGUGGGGUUUAGGCAUUUUGACUUCACUGAGCAUUGAUUGCCCUGAGCUUGGUACAUUGCAUUUAGAAAAGGCAUGGCUUAGUCAGUAGGUUGCUUGCCAAGGGGCCAGGGUAAAGAAGCUGUGGAUGGUAGUCUAGUCCUGGCAGGGGUCUGCAACCUGCGGCUCUCCAGAUGUCCAUGAACGACAAAUCCCAUCAGCUCCUGCUAGCAUGGCCAAUUGGGGCUGAUGGGAAUUGUAGUCCAUGAACAUUAGUGGCUAGUGCUGUUGGACUGUGCUGGUAAUGAGGGUUCAGCCUCACCGUUUGUUGUGGGUGGGUCACAGUCCUAAAAAUAGUGCAGAAGAGCAGCUUUAACUUUCCUGCAGUUCCUUCUGCUCAACUCCCAAUAUUUCUUUGGCCCCAGGAAAGUCUUUCUGAAUUGGCUGCACAGAAAAUCUCUGUGCUGUGUGUACAUUAAAAAAAAUCUGUGUCGUA